AUGGCGGGAGACACAUCGUGGGUAAGCCACUCAGAUGAUGGUACACGAAGGGAGACUAGGGAGUUUGAUUCAGUUUUGGAAUUUGGUGAGGAAGUUGAUAAAGAAGGAACUGCUAUUUCUGUGAACACACUAUUACCUGAUGAACUGGUGGAGCGAAUUCUUGCCUAUCUCCCCGUUGUAAGCAUUUUCAGAGCAAGCUCUGUGUGUAAAAGAUGGUUUGAGAUUGUUACAUCUGAUAGUUUUCAAUGGAACCCUUCCAAUUCACUGCCACAGAGACCUUGGUACUUUAUGUUUACUAACUCGGAUGAACCAACUGGUUAUGCUUAUGAUCCCGUCCUUCGGAAAUGGUAUGGCAUUGAGCUUCCCUUCAUCGAAACAUCUAGUUGGUUCAUUGUUUCAUCUUAUGGUCUAGUUUGCUUUAUGGACAAUGACAGCAGAAGCAAAUUAUGCAUGUGCAACCCUAUUACCAAAAGGUGCAGGAGGCUUGAAGAUCCUCCGGGUUUGAAAUAUUCUGAUUACACUGCAUUGGCAAUGUCAGUGAACAGGAAAUCCCAUAGUUACAUUUUGGCAAUCGUGAAAUCAAAACAAAUCCCUGAGGAUUUUGUCCAGUGGGAGAUCUCGAUACAUUUAUACCACUCACAGAAAGAGACCUGGAUGACAAGUUUAACAGAGGUUUUAAUGGGGUGGAGAGGUGGUAAUGAGAGUGUGAUAUGCAAUGGUGUGUUAUACUUUUUAGUGUACUCAGCUGGAGGUGUUCCUUCUGAAAGUAGGCACGCACUCAUUGCAUAUAAUAUCUCUAAUCGCACUUCUCAAGCUACCUUGAGAAGGAGCUUUAUUGCUGCACCUUGCUCACUAACAUGUGGCAGAUUGAUGAAUAUGAAGGAGAAGCUUGUAAUGGUGGGAGGAAUUGGUAAGCAGGAUCGACCUGACAUUAUAAAAGGAAUUGGCAUAUGGGUUCUUAAUGACAGGAAGUGGGAAGAGAUUGUUCGAAUGCCCCCCAAAUACUUCCAAGGCUUUGGGGAGUUUGAUGAUGUUUUUGCUAGCAGCGGUACCGAUGAUCAAAUAUAUAUUCAAAGUUAUGGAUCUCCAGCACUCCUCACAUUUGAUAUGAGCAUUAAACAAUGGAAAUGGUCACAGAAAUGCCCUGUAACAAAGAGGUUCCCUCUACAGCUAUUCACUGGUUUUUGCUUUGAGCCUAGGCUUGAAAUUGCUCCUUAG